AGCCUGAAUAUUUGAAGUACCACUUGUUUAUAUUAGAUCCUCUGUGUCUGUGAGGGCUAUUGAAUCCGUUGUCCCAACAAUCUCUCAAAGUACAGCAUUUUCAUGAUUUCCUUUACAUCUCAUCGUCUCUACAGAUUUUACCACUUUACAGCUUCUAACACACUCCUCAAUGGCCUCCUUUUCACCCAACCUCACCCCAUCUUCACUUUUAAUCCCUCUUGGCGCCAUAUCAAAAUUGACUAUUUUACAACAAACCCAUUGCCUUCAUCUUCUUCAGAUUUUGAUUCAGUUGUCAAAAGGGUCUGUUCUUUAGUGUGUGAAUCAUAUUGCAAAAUUCAAGAAAUUAGCCAUUUCAAAUCCACAGCUCCCAAGUUGAAACUGCCUAUAGAUUCUGAGUAUUUGACUCAAGAACAGGCUAUAACAGUUGUUGCCUCUCUUGCUGAUGAGGGAGGCUCAAUGCUGGCAUUGAGUUUCUUUUACUGGGCAAUCGGGUAUGUGAAAUUCAGGCAUUUUAUGAGGCUUUAUAUAGUUUUAGCUAUGUAUUUGAUUGAAAAUGGAAACUUUGAGAGAGCCCAUGAAGUAAUGCAUUUUAUGUUGAGGAAUUUUGGUGAAAUUGGUAUGUUGAAAGAGGCUAUAGAUAUGGUGUUUGAGAUGCAAAAUCAAGGGUUGGUUUUGAAUGCUCAGAGUUUGAAUUCUGUUGUUAGUGUUGCUACUGAGAUGGGCUAUGUUGAGAUGGCAGAGAAGGUGUUCGGUGAAAUGUGUGACAGAGGAGUGUGUCCUGAUUCUUUUUGUUUUGAGUCAAUGGUUGUUGCUUAUUGUAGGAUGGGUAGAGUUGCAGAGGCUGAUAGGUGGCUGAGUGCAAUGCUAGAAAGGGGAUUUCUUGUUGAUAAUGCGACAUGCACUUUGAUCACGAGUGUGUUUUGUGAAAAGGGGUCUGUUAAUAGAGCAUUGAAGAUUUUCAAUCAAUUGGUUGAAUUGGGGUUGGCUCCAAAUGUUGUCAAUUAUACGUGUUUGAUAAAUGGAUUGUGUAAGAAAGGGAUAAUUAAGCAUGCAUUUGAGUUGUUAGAGGAAAUGGUUAGAAAAGGUUUAAAACCAAAUGUUUUCACUCAUACUGCAUUGAUUGACGGUCUUUGCAAGAAGGGCUGGAUGGAUAAGGCAUUUAGACUAUUCCUAAAGCUUGUGAAGAGUGACAAUUACAAGCCUAAUGUGCAUACUUAUACAGCCAUUAUAGCUGGAUAUUGCAAACAGGAAAAAUUGAAUCGAGCAGAGAUGCUUCUGAGCAGAAUGCAAGAACAAGGUUUGGUCCCUAACGCCAACACCUACACUGCUCUCAUCGAUGGGUACUGUAAAGUGGGUAACUUUGAUGCUGCUUAUGAAUUCUUGCGUGUGAUGGAUGAAAAGGGUUUGACACCAGGCAUUUUUACAUAUAACGCAGUCAUUGAUGGUCUAUGUAAAAAGGGAAGGGUUGAAGAAGCUUAUAAGAUGCUGAAGAAAGGUUUGCAAAGUGGAAUCUCUCCAGAUUUAGUGACUUACACCAUUCUCAUAUCUCAGAGCUGCAAGCUAGCAGAUAACAGACAAGCUUUUGCCCUUUUCAGUAAGAUGGUCAAAGCUGGUAUCAGUCCGGAUAUGCAUACAUACACCACAUUAAUUGCUGCCUUGUGUAGGCAAAAGAAAAUGAAAGACAGUGAAAAGCUCUUUGAUGAUGCUGUAAGUUUAGGUUUGAUACCUACCAAAGAGACUUGUACUUCAAUGAUAUGCGGAUAUUGUAGAGAUAAAAAUGUGGCCAUGGCGAAGAAGUACUUCCAGAGGAUGGGAAAAUAUGGUUGUGCACCUGAUAGCCUCACUUAUGGUGCUCUGAUUAGUGGGCUUUGUAAGGAAUCAAAGUUGGAUGAAGCUAGAGAACUUUACAAUUCAAUGACUGAUAAAGGGAUUCCCCCAUGUGAAGUAACACGGCUGACUUUAGCUUAUGAGUAUUGCAAGAACAAUGAACCAACCAUUGCCAUGGACCUUUUAGAUAGAUUAGACAAAAAACUUUGGAUUCGAACUGUAUGUACCCUCGUCAGGAAGCUUUGCAGUGAAAAAAAUGUGGAUGUAGCUGCUCUAUUUUUCCAUAAACUGUUGGACAAACAACAGAGUGUGGAUCGAGUAACUCUUGCAGCCUUUAUGUCUGUGUGCUAUGAAAGCAAUAACUAUGACCUUGUGUCCAUUAUGAAUGAGAGGAUAACAAAAGACUUUGGAGAAUCUAUGGCAGAGUGAUCUUGUGACUUGCUGAACAACAACCGAAAGGCUAUUUGGUGGCCGUGCAAGUAGCAGGUUAAAAAAGAUUGCUUUGCCCUAUUAAGGUUAGAAUCUCUUGAUAAUUCCCAUAAUGAGGAUCAACAAAACGGCAAGAAUUUGCCAGGUCUAAAAUGGAAAGAUCCUCCAUCAUCUCUCAUCUGGUACCAUUUUAGUUCCUUGAAUGACUUGAUUUUUGGUUCUUCGAUGCAUUUAUAUUUUUAAAAUCGAGUGUUUCAUGAAUAAUGGUUCUCCUAAGCAUUUGUGAUAGAUAAGAUACAGGUAGCAUUCUUUUAUUUGCAGUGUUUUUAUUUGAUCUUGUAGAUCUUGUGUUGGGGCAGAUGACCAAGCUGAGGAAGAUUCUUUCCAGGGAAAGUUGUUGAAUGUAACUCUUUCAAUUAAUUUACUGUGAUGAUGUGCUCGUAAGAGAAGCUCCACAAACGCCCUGUUGAUAUUUGAAGGAAGUUAACAGUUGCAAAAUUGUUAUUGUCAGAAAAUCAGAAGUUGGCUAGCACACUAUGCAGCUGUCAAGUCGUAUGUAAUGAAGGAGAUCCAUAGCACAAGUCAUCGCUAAGUAGCUGCUUGUAUGGAAGGUGUUUCAUUUUUGGAUUUUGAUGCUUAAACAUCAUGAGGUGGUAUACAUUGCUGGCUGCAUCAAACCACCAUUGCACAUAUGUGUCACAUGAAACGUCUCCAGACCAACAGUUCUUUGCAUGUUCAAACUAUUUAUGUUUCACAUGAAAUGUCACCAGCCCGACGAUUCUUAGCGUGUUCAAGGUAUUUAAGCGUCAUCAUUUUUAAUCUUUGCAUCCAUUUCCGACUGACAGACCAAUCUUAAGUUCUUUCGUUCGUAGUGAGUUUGUGAAGGAUGAAACAUUUUACAAGAGUGGUGAUUAUCAAUUGGAUGUCAUAAAUGGAAAAAAGUUACUGACUCGAGGAGCCUCUCAGUCAUGGUACGAGAAAGAAUGCUAACCAUACCAAGAUAAAAGGUAGCAUUGCUGUAUGGAUGUUGCUGUUGUUGAAAUGCUACUGUUGAGGUGAGGAGAUGAUACGUAGUAGAAGUGCGAAGUAGCUGUAGUGUUUCGUCUUUCUUUCUUUUUGGCAUUGUUAAGAACAUAUCAUGUACUCCCUUCUUUACAAUUUAUGUGUCUUACUUUCAUCCCAUGUGGGUUCUUUGCA